CUACACCUACCAACCUCGGCUGGUUGAACAAAAUGGCAACGUAUGGUGACGAGCCAGUCGACAGCUAUUAUUAUUCGUCUUACAACCCUUACACGGGCAGAUACCCCCGGCCUAAAGACGCGGGGUGGAAAUAUAAGAGUUACCUCGCCCACUAUGGGGACACUUCGGAUGCAUUCAACAACCACCAGCGCGCCCAGCUGAAGUCCAUCUUAUCCCAGAUCAACCCCAAACUCACCCCGAGGCUCAGGAAGGCCAACACUAAAGAUGUGGCGGUACAGGUCAACCCGAAGAAAGACGCCUCGGUGCAGUGCUCCAUCGGCCCGCGGACCCUCCUGGCCAUGAAGCGGGACUCCCGGCGCAAAGGAAAGCAGGAGCCCGCCUCGCCCACCAGUGGCAGCCCCAAGGUCGCUGUACAUUACCCUCGCACCCUCGCCCUGUAUUCACCCAUUGCCUACAGAAGCAUCACAUCCUUCCUGGUCGAUGACGACGACAACAAGACCAACAGUAAGGAGGCCUCCUGUGGUGAGUCGCAGACCGGAGAGCCGCCCGACUUGGACGGGAAGAAGAGCGAAGAUAACCAGGCUGGAGACAAUGGAAAGACCGCAAAGCUCCCAGAGCAGCGCAAAACGCCCAAGUCCAAGAAACCGGUGAAGAGUGACGACGUGCAGUUAACCCCAGAGGGGUCAAAGGACAAGGCGCGCGUGCGGUUCCAGUUUCUGGAACAGAAGUACGGAUAUUAUCACUGCAGAGAAUGCAAUCUGCGAUGGGAGAGUGCCUACGUUUGGUGCGUUCAGGGCACCAACAAGGUUUACUUCAAACAGUUCUGUAGGAAAUGCCAAAAGGACUUCAACCCAUACCGUGUUGAGGACAUCACAUGUCACACUUGCAACAAAGCACGCUGUUCCUGUGCAAUUACACAACGCCACGUUGACCCCAAGCGGCCCCACAGACAGGAUUUGUGCGGCAGGUGCAAAGGCAAGCGGCUCUCCUGCGAAAGCACUUUCAGCUUCAAAUACAUCAUCUAGGAAGCAUCUCCGCUGAACUUUGCCCUGUGACAAGAGUACACGUCCUGUGGGGUGCACCUUCAACCGAGUGCCACAGUAUUUGCAGAUGCAAGAAUGGCAUUCUGGAUGUAUAUUUGAUUGAAAACUUUAUUUCAUGCCUGUUUUGUGUUGAUGAAAUUAAUGGUAAGCGCCACACAAUUUACACUGUAAUAAAUGGCUACCUUGCACUCUG